GCUUGUUAAAUAUCUACUUGUGUUGUAAACGCUGUCUACCUUGUCGUCCAGGGUGGGUCCGGUCUCGCCUAGGUCUCUUGUUUUUCACGUUUUGCGUUUAACCCAAAAGGGGGAAUUUGUUUUUUAAAAUUCAUUGGAGAAAAAUGAUUUAUUCGGAUUUAUUACAGAACAUUAAUUAAUAAAAAAGUUGUGAAGUCAUGAAGUUCUAUAUUUUUCAACUAUAUCUUUUACGAUACAUAUUCUACACAGCGCGCGUCACUCUUAAAAAAUGCACACGAGAAGUUCACCACUCAGGUUUUGGAUUACAAAAUGCGUAAUCUGCGUAGUUUGCUUAAAUUACGUUUGUUUAGAUUGGAUCAAUAUUUCUGUACUUUUGGCAGGGGGUACGAAUAUUUGUUUAGUGGUGAACCCCUAGAAUGCGCAAGUGGUUCUUUUGAAAUGAACUGCAGGCAUCCGCUCUUCCUUGAGAAAUUAUCAUAUAAAAAAUUCUUGCUUAGUUAGUGUUAGCACCGAGGAUGGGAGAUGGAAGACCAACAUAUCUUGGACAAACAGGUGACAAAGAUUCCCGGCAGUUAUUGCCUUAUUACGAAUUUCUUCCACUGGGAACAGCAGGUUACCUUAAUUCUGAAAGCUGGAUGAAAUUUUCUAGCAAAUUGUUUGGCGACAGUAGAUGGUUAUGGCUUCUGGCACCAGCAGCGGCAUCUUCUAGUUACCAAAAUGCAUAUAUUGAUAUUCGCAAGCCUUUUGAAACUGAGCACAACAGGCUCCUUCCCAUGGAUUUAUUCUACUUUAAUUACGGUAAACAUGGAGCACAAUUUUACCCAUCAACAUUAAUUUCUGAACCACGAUCGCUAGCUACAAUUAUCACAAAUUUAAUAAAAAACAUUAUACAGCAGUUUAGACCCACUACAAUUGCAGAAAUAUCUCCAACUACUACUGCAAAUACUCUUACAAUACCCCAUUCAAGCACAACAAACAGAUUUACUAAUUCACCUUCAACCACUACACCCGCUUUCACUACUUCAGAUGCAUCUUCUACCAUGGGAUCAACUGAAUCUACUAUCUCAACAUCAACGACCGUCACCGAAUCAACUACCACUGCUCUAACUCCUUCAAUGGAAUCAACUGAAUCUGCUACACCAACGUCAACGACUGUCACUGAUUCAAUUAUCACUGAUUCAUCGUCUUCUAUGGAAUCAACUGAAUCCACUACACCAAUAUCCACUUCUGUCAGUGAAUCAACUACAGUUGUUCCAUCUUCUACUAUGGAAUCAACAGAAUCCACUUCAUCGACGUCAACAACUGUCACUGAAUCAACCACAACUGGUCUCUCUUCUACUAUGGAAUCAACUGGAUUUACUACUCUAACGUCAACUACUGUCAGCGACCCAACUACAACUGUUCCAUCUUCAACUACAGAAUUACCAGAAUCCACUUCACCGACGUCAACGACUGUCACUGAAUCUACUACCACUGAUUCAUCUUUUACUAUGGAAUCAACUGUAUCCACUACCCCACCAUCAACUACUGCCAGUGACUCAACUACAACUGUUCCAUCUUCAACUACGGAAUCAAGUGGAUCGACUACACCAACGACAACGACUGUCACUGAAUCUACUACCUCUGAUUCAUCGUCUAUUAUGUCACCAACUGAAUCCACUACCCAAACAUCAACUACAACUGUCCCAUCUUCAACUAUACAAUUGACUACUCAAACUCCAACGACUGUCGCCGAAUCAACUACCAGUGAUCAAUCUUCUACUAUGGAAUCAACAGAAUCCACUUCAUCGACGUCAACAACUGUCACUGAAUCAACCACAACUGGUCUCUCUUCUACUAUGGAAUCAACUGGAUUUACUACUCUAACGUCAACUACUGUCAGCGACCCAACUACAACUGUUCCAUCUUCAACUACAGAAUUACCAGAAUCCACUUCGCCGACGUCAACGACUGUCACUGAAUCUACUACCACUGAUUCAUCUUUUACUAUGGAAUCAACUGUAUCCACUACCCCACCAUCAACUACUGCCAGCGACUCAACUACAACUGUUCCAUCUUCAACUACGGAAUCAAGUGGAUCGACUACACCAACGACAACGACUGUCACUGAAUCUACUACCUCUGAUUCAUCGUCUACUAUGUCACCAACUGAAUCCACUACCCAAACAUCAACUACAACUGUCCCAUCUUCAACUAUAGAAUUGACUACUCAAACUUCAACGACUGUCGCCGAAUCAACUACCAGUGAUCAAUCUUCUACUAUGGAAUCAACAGAAUCCACUUCAUCGACGUCAACAACUGUCACUGAAUCAACCACAACUGGUCUCUCUUCUACUAUGGAAUCAACUGGAUUUACUACUCUAACGUCAACUACUGUCAGCGACCCAACUACAACUGUUCCAUCUUCAACUACAGAAUUACCAGAAUCCACUUCACCGACGUCAACGACUGUCACUGAAUCUACUACCACUGAUUCAUCUUUUACUAUGGAAUCAACUGUAUCCACUACCCCACCAUCAACUACUGCCAGCGACUCAACUACAACUGUUCCAUCUUCAACUACGGAAUCAAGUGGAUCGACUACACCAACGACAACGACGGUCACUGAAUCUACUACCUCUGAUUCAUCGUCUACUAUGUCACCAACUGAAUCCACUACCCAAACAUCAACUACAACUGUCCCAUCUUCAACUAUAGAAUUGACUACUCAAACUUCAACGACUGUCACCGAAUCAACUACCACUGUUCCAUCUUUAACUACAGAAUCAACAGAAUCCACUUCAUCGACGUCAACUACUGUCACUGAAUCAACUACCAUUGCUUCAUCGUCUACUUUAUCAACAACUGAAUCCACUACCCUAACGUCAACUACUGUGAGCGACUCAACCACGACUGUUUCAUCUUCAACUAUGGGAUCGUCUACCACAACGUCAAUGACUGUAACUGAAUCAACUACCGCUGAUUCAUCCUCUACUAUGGAAUCAACUGCAUCUUCUACCCCAACAUCAACAACUAUCAGCGAAUCCACUACAACUGUCCCACCUUCUACUACGGAAUAAACUGAAUCCACUCCAACCCCACACUAACGACUGUUGCCGAAUCAACUACGGCCAGAUCGACCACGGAAACGGGUUAAUGAAAAGAACACAAAAGAUUUAAAUUAUACCAAUUUCAUUUUCACGAUUUGAUUUUUUAAAUGAUUGAAACGUAGUUACCUUGAAAAAUAAUUUAACAAUCGUCAAAUAAUUUGCUAAUUCUCAAAAACAUCGCGGAUCAUCAAUUAAUCAGUCACUCUAAAUAUCUGUAAAUCUCUAACUGCAAUUUAUAAAAAAAGCAAGAAAAAUUUACACUACCGUAAAGAAAAUCAAUAAGAUUUAUUAGUUUUACAUGAACAAAAAAAUACAUAUAAAUAAAAUAAUGAGAAUAUUUGCCCUAAUGGGAUAUAUAUGAUAAAUGAUAAUCUAUUUUGUGUAAAAGUAGUCACGAUUCAAAAUUUGUUAAAACGAAUUAUAAUCUUUGU